AUGGAGAUCGCACAACGACAAGACGAGCUCAAAGAGAUGGGCUGGAAGCUCAUUACCUGCAGCCCCAGCAUUUUGGGGCGCUUGGACGACAAGGUGAAGUUGACGGAGCUGGCCGAAGAGCUGGGCCUUUCGCAGCACUUCCCCCAGCGCUUCCUGGCAGCGGAGGAGGCAACGUAUCCUUGUAUCUUAAAACCGGGUGCGGGCGAGUUCGGCAGUGGCGUGGAGAUCGUGCACUCCCCGCAGGAGGUCCGGCGGAUCAGUGGUGAGGUCUUGUCGAGCCGUUGGCUCCUACAGGAGAUGGUCACAGGUUGCUACGAGUAUUCCACGUCCUUGUUGGUCUGCGAGGGUGAAAUACUGGAAGUGGCAUGUAUGCGUUAUGAGUACGAUGCAGACGAGUACGUUUGGCCCCGCGUCACUGAGCUGGGCAAAGAGCUCCGAGGCCCACCGGAGGAGCCUACGGAGGAGCAGCUGGACGUGAUGCGACGAUUGGUUCGAGGCUAUUCUGGUUUCAUCAAUUUCAACUACAAGAUCCGCCCGAGCGACGGAGAGAUGUGCAUCAUGGAGGCGCCACGAAUUCAGGGCCCCUUUGCGCCGGGCCCGGGGAGCCACCCCCCGAUAGCAACAUGA